AUGGCCGAAUUAAACCGGAAUACCCAACGCGUUGACGUGCGUGGAAGGAUCAUAGAGCUUGGGAAACUCAGAGUCGCCGCAGUUACCGUAUACGAUCAUAGUUACCCGGUAGUAGAAGUAAGUACCGCCAUCAACCGGCUUGCUGUUAUAAGUGCCGUCCCACCCGUUGCCACGCUCGCCGGACAGGAAGAUGGUCUGGCCCCAGCGAUUGACUACGCGGAACUCAGCCGUGAUCUGGUUGCCUACCGUUAUCAUCCGGAAGAUAUCAUUCCGCCCAUCGUUAUUAGGCAUCCGGCUGCACCUGGAAGGAAGACGCUGGUGUGGGCAGUACCGAUACCGAUUUCUGAACACUGUCGGAGCAAGCCUGAAGUCAUUAUUGGAGCCACCUGUAAGAUUAUUACUUACGUUCCGCGCGCUGAUCGAUACGCUGAAUUGCCAUUCGGCACAACGGUGGGGCAGGGUUACUUUGCUCGUGUACCACCACUCGUCAUAACCAGUGCAACACCGCUAAUCACUGCGGAUCAAACCGGUUUUAACGGCGCCUUCGGCAAUGUGGUGAUGGGUACGAAUAGCAUCAGCCGGCAGUUUCUGGUAUCUACCGCUGCUGCUACCGGCUUUGCUGCAACGGCUACGCUGAGUCCGGUCUCCGGCACAGUGGCCGCAACUCCAAUAUAUGCAAGAUAUGCACCGGCUGCCGCUACGGGGGCUUCCGGCACUUUCGGUAAUGUGGUGACGGGUACCAAUAGUGCCACCCAACAAUACACAGUAACCGGUGCUAACCUUACGGCUGAUAUUGUGCUGACGGCUCCUGCCGGUUUCAGUAUUUCCACAACUGCCGCUUCCGGUUUCGCCAGUACACUAACACUUACCCAAACCAGCGGUGUCGUUGCAGCAACGACUAUUUAUGUACGUUACUCCCCAACUGCGGCCAGCGGUGCAACCGGUAAUCUCACAAUCUCGCAUACCAGCACCGGUGCGGUGACACAGCAGGUAACCGUUAGCGGCAAUGCACUUUCUGUGGAGCCGUCUGCUGCCGGUACGAUUAGCUUUGGUACCACUACUUUAAACAGCAUUGUGCUCAACCUGCCUACAGUGGGCAAUGGCAGCAGCCGCAUUAUUGUGGCAAGAGCCGGUAGCGCAGUUACUUUUAUCCCUGCUGAUGGCCUGGCCGUAACAGGUGUCAAUGCCAACUUUACAACGGCAACAGACCAGGGCACGGGCAACCGGAUCGUUUAUGAAGGCACAGGCUCCGGCAAUGGCGUAGUGACCGUAUCCGGACUUACGCCGGCAACUACUUAUUAUUUUACGGUUUAUGAAUACAACCGCGGAACCGGCAAUUCUUAUAACUACCUGGCGACGCCUGUUGCUACCGGCAAUACAGCUACCCAGACACCUCCUGCAGUGAUCGUAGCAGAUGCUACGGGACUCAAUGGCAAUUUCGGAAAUGUAGUGAUGGGUACCAAUGUUGCCGGCCGACAAUAUAGUGUAUCAACAAGCGCUGCCGCCGGUUUUGGUACAUCACUUACUUUAUCACCUUCCGCCGGGGCCAUUCCAGUGACCAGCAUUUAUGUGCGUUAUGCACCUACUGCAGCUACUGGUGCUACCGGCAAUGUAAACAUCACGCAUACAAGUACCGGUGCGCCCAGCCAGGAUGUUGCGGUAAGCGGUAAUGCUCUUGCUACACAGCCGACUUCUAUAGGCACGAUCGGGUUCGGUACGCUCACCAGCAACUCGAUUGUUAUAAACCUGCCUACGGUAGGUAAUGGUAAUAAGCGGAUCAUCGUUGCAAAGCAGGGAGCCGCUCCGGCCUUUGUGCCCACAGAUGGUAUUGCGGUAACGGGCGUUAACGCCAACUUCACCACGGCAAGCGACCAGGGUGCCGGCGAAAGGGUAGUGUAUGAUGGCGCUGCAAGCGGCAGCAGUGUGGUACUGGCCGGUAGUGGAAAGAUCAUUUAUGAUGGUACCGGUUCUGGCGCCAAUGUGGUAAAGCUGAUUGGCCUGACACCCGGUAUGCUGUAUUACUUCACCGUUUAUGAAUACAAUAUGGGCACCGGUACUUCGCAUAAUUACCUGGUUAACCGCGCAGCGAACAGCAAUAUGACCACCUCCGUCUACGUACCCAAUAGUGUGGGAAAUAAUCCUAUUGCCAAACAAAUAAAGAUCUUCCCCAACCCGGUAAAGAACAUCAUUUAUGCCGAAGCGCCAAUAGCCGUUCAUAUCACCAUUACAGAUGCCAUGGGCAGAAUGAUGGUGCGGCUGAUGAAUGCGAAGCAGGCGGAUAUGAGCGCUUUCCCGGCGGGCUAUUAUCAGGUAUUGAUUACAGAUACUACAGGCAAGCUGCUGAAAACAGAAAAAGUAUUAAAAGCUGAUUAG